AUGGCCUCUCGUGCAGAAUCAGCGUCUCACAGUGAAUCUACGACAAUCCCAUCGGCCCAGAGCUCAAGUGAGAGUCUAUGGGCCGAGGCUCUCGAUUUACUUCAUGCCGAGGACGGCGAGAGGCUUCGACUCUUAGCCGCAGAGAAAAUCACGGUUCUGGACGAAGUACUUGAGGCUGCAAAGGAAAAACGACAGCAAUGCCAAGAUGGACAAUGGAAGUACAAAAAGAGCGACGGGACCGUCGUCGUUCUGCGUGAUGUAUUCGACAAGAUGGUCAAGUGGUUAACCAAAUUGCAGACCAUUGGCGAUUUGGUGGUUCAAUUUGACUCGACACAUCUGACCAUUCCUUGGGCUGCAAUCAAGUUCUUCCUUGCAAUCUCGUCGAGUGAUUCGCAAAAUCUAAGUGCUGUCUUUGACGGCUUGGAAAUGAUAACAAACCUCAUCAGCAGAUACAAGAUCUUUGAGGAACUGUAUCUGCGAGAGGUUUCAAAGGCAACCGAACUCCUCAAACAGGCCAUCAUCAAGCUUUACGCAUCCGUUCUGACAUUUCUGGCUCAAGCGAAGCGGUACUAUAGCCAGAAUACUGCAAGUAAGUUGUGGAGAGCCAUAUCACUCCAGCCUCUGAGCACUUUGCGCAGUGUCGACGAUAAAUUAGGGAAUUUGUUGGUCGAGGGCAAAGCGCAUCAAACGGAGUUGCGGAAAGCGCUGGACGAUUUGCGCUUGACACAAAUCCAUGGUCAUCUGUCAACGCUGCUUCAGGAUGCUGAGAGUAAGUCUGCUACAUUCGUGUUUCUGCAAUUGCAACUGACGACCCCAGGUCUGAAAAAGAGACAAUUCCUAAAUUGGAUCUCACCAAUCCCGUACUCCAAGCACCACGACAAUAUUCGAAGAGACCGUAUACAAGAAUCAGGACUUUGGAUCUUUGAGCAGCGGCAAUAUACAGACUGGAAACAAUCGGCUACCUCUUCUUUGUUGUGGCUUCGCGGGAUGCCUGGUUCUGGUAAAAGCAGACUUAUGUCGCUGCUGGUCGAUACGACGAGAGAAAAUGACAUCAACCCUCAAGCUGAACCAUUUGCUUACUUCUAUUGCGACCGCAAUGGAACCGAACCUGAAAGAGGCAAUCCACUGGCGAUACUCCGCAGCAUCUUACGACAGCUAUGCUGUCACAGCUCAAAGCUGAAGAUACACGAUGUGUUGGCAAGGAAAUACCACGAGUAUGAGGCAGAAGAUCCCCAGCUUAGAGAGCUGCCUCUAGCAGAGACGAAGGGGUUGAUCAUCGAGUUCUUGAAAGACAGUCCGGCCACAAUCAUGAUCGAUGCAUUGGAUGAGUGUGCCAUGGAUCUGAGAUAUGAACUUCUAGGCGCGAUCAACGAAAUCAUGGCCCCCCAUUCUAAGAGAGUCAAGAUUCUGGUGUCAAGCCGAGACAACGUCGAAGAUAUUUCCAGCCGCUUGGAAAAGGCGUCAAAUUUUACCCUAGAAGUAACUCCUAACGCGGCCGAUAUUGAAACUUUUGUUCGUCUUGAACUGGACCGAUCGAUCAAGGAAUUACGACUACUGAAUGGGCAGGUCUCUCCAGAGCUUCAGGACACAUUGAUUCAAAGAUUGACACACGGGGCUCAAGGAAUGUUUCUCUGGGCAGCGUUACAAAUGCAGAAUCUAUGCAGUCCACGCAUCAAGUUUGAAGCCGACGUACUCUAUGAACUACAAAAAAUGCCCAAAAGGCUUCAAGACGUAUACACGGAUAUUUACGAGCAGAUACAGACGAUUGCUGUUCCAUCACGUCGCAUUGCGACCACGGCACUACAGUGGCUUCUAUGCGCCAAAGGACGUCUCUCUUCCGAGGACUUUAUUACAGCCGUAUCCGUGAGUGAAACUGACACAUCAAUCCGUCUGUCAGCAGCACAACUCUUGGACAUAUGCGGCAAUCUCGUUGUUUUGGAUACCGACCUGAAUGUUUUUCGGUUUGCGCACUUGUCAGUACGGGAGUUUCUCGAGGGGAAGCCAGAAUACGCACCGAAGUUGACUCAUGCUACUGCUGCGGAUAUCUGCCUCAACACACUUCUCACUAGAGAAUGGCUAUCUUCCGAAGUUACAUGGCAGAAGGCCACCCUCUAUCGGUACGUUACUCUGUACUGGGCAUCCCACAUUGAGCAUUGCAGGAAGGAUCGCGACAAGGGAAAGAUUGGCGAUGCACUGCAGCUCUCUGCAAGAGACGAUCGUGUGACGCCUUGGUUCGCGAAAUGGCUGCUGCAAAUCGAGUCGGCCUCGAUAACAUUGGGUUGGGAUGAUCCAUUGAAAGAGAAAAUUGAGCAAUCUCUGUGCCAUCCAGAAACCUGCUUCUUCACGGCUUGUGCCUUUGGAUUUCUGAAGCUAGUGGAACACAUCACCAGGAUAAAUCCAUCGGUGACCAGGCGUAAAAAUGCGAGAGGAGCGACCGGCCUUCAUCUUGCAAGCCAAUUUGGUUAUCCUGAAAUUGUGCGAGUGUUGCUAGAACGUGGAGCAGAAACCGACACAAGAGACCAGCAGAUGGAGACAGCUCUAAUACACGCGAGCUCUACUGGACAUGAAGACAUUGUCUCUCUGUUGCUCGAAAAAGGAGCCGACCGCUCAGUUCAGGGCAAGAGAUUUGGAAAUGCACUCCAAGCUGCUUGCCUGCAUGGUCACGAGGCUGUUGUUGAUUUGCUAAUUGACGACGUCGAUAUAGAAGCCGAAGGAGGGCAAUUUGGAACCGCAUUGCAAGCUGCGUCGCUCCGUGGUCAUGAAAAUGUGGUUCAAAUCUUGCUCCGUGGUGGCGCACAAGUCAAUGCUCUUGGAGGGGAUUAUAAUUUGACAGAAGAGAUAUCUCAAGGGGAGCCGAAUAUUCCGUCUCGGGUUGAUCGAGCCCUUGAGUUUCUUUUCCACAAACAGGCUUUGCUGGAGGAGAAAAAAAGGCCCCCUCUUUCGCACGCCCUUUUUCGAGAGCUGACUAUCGGGCGACUGCUUGACGAAAGAAUCGAUAUCAACAUUACAAAAACAGGGUUUGGAUCCGCUUUACAAGCAGCGGCGCGUGGCGGUCAUGAGAAGGUCGUGCAUGUGCUACUGGUCGCUGGCGCCGAUGUUGAUGUCGAAGGGGGUACAUAUGGCAGUGCAACCCAAGCAGCGGCUGUCAGUGGCAAUGAAGAAGUAAUCCGGCAUUUGAUUAACUCCGGAGCCGAUAUCAACGUGCAGAAUGGGCUAUACAAUACAGCCUUACAAGCUGCCUGUCGAUUUGGAAACGAGACAGUGGUCCGGAUGCUCCUUGAUUAUAAGGCCGAUGUCAAUGCUCAAGGAGGCGUGUACGGCUCAGCUUUGCAAGCUGCGUGCCGGGCUGGCUCAAUCAGGAUAAUUGAACUCCUCCUUCACCAUGGAGCUGAUACCAACAGUUUUGGAGGCACAUACUGUACCCCGCUCCAAGCAGCAUCAGCCAAAGGUUCGUUACGGGUAGUCCAAAUUUUGCUGAAUGAGGGAGCCAAGGUGAAUGUUCGUGGCGGACAAUACGGCAGUGCUCUGCAAGCAGCGUCGCGAGGAGGCCAUCUGAAAGUAGUUGAGGUGCUCAUGGCAAACGGUGGCAGGCCUGAAGCCUCACUCCAAAUUUCAGCCGCCGCAGGACAUGACAAAAUCGUUGAGUUUCUUUUGGACCAAGGCGUAGAUCCGAACGCCCGACAAUUUGAAGCCUUUGGAAGUGCUCUGGAAAUCGCCGUAGCUGCUGGACGUGAAGAUCUUGCACAUCUGCUCUGCGAAAGGGGAGCGCAGGCAGAUGAUGGACAGCAAUACUUUGGAACGGCACUCCAGAUCGCAACGAGCUUUGGUAACAAAAAGUUGGUGCGACUGCUCCUAGAGCAUGGUGCUAACCCUGGCGAGGAUGGAGGAGGAUUCGGAUUCGGACUCGAGAUAGCCAAACUAUUGCAAGGGACUAGUGACAAAGCAGACACAAGUUCCCACUGGUGGGAUGGCCCUCUUGGAUUGGCUUCUGCCGCUGGGGACGAAGAAGUGGUGCAGUUGUUGCUUGAGAAGUUUACUAAAUCCACGGACAGAUUCUCGUUCGAACAGGCUCUUCGCAAAGCAGCGAAGAAUGGCCAUCUGUCUAUUGUCGAACUGUUGCUUGACUAUCAAGACGAAAUUCAUUUGGCAGAGGAAGUCCCGCUCGAGGAUGCAUGUGCUGGUGGACAUACCGACAUUGUUCGUUUCUUGAUGGACAGAUAUGCGGAUGCUGAAUUACACUUGGACGAAUCACUCUUAGAGGCGGCAGAAGCAAAUAAUAUGGAGAUCGCCCGAAUGCUCCUUCUGAGGGGAGCAGACGUUGGUCGAGACCAUCAUUUUGCAGGAACCGUGCUCCAUAUGGCAUGUUGCAAUGGAUCUGUUGAGCUCGCCCAGCUAUUUUUGGAUUUUGGUGCUGAAGUUGACUGGAGGGGAGAUGCAGAAGUUACUCCUUUGAUGCUGGCUUGUGCAAGAGGACAUGAUGCAGUGGUGCAACUUUUACUUGAUCACGGUGCUGACCCCGAUCUGCUCGAAAAGCAAUUUCAUGCACCGUACCGGAUCUACAAAGAAAGGGAUUUCGGCAAACCGCUGCUAGCAGCGGUUCAUGGCGGACACGAGACAAUUGUUCACUUGCUCCUCGACCACCCUAGAUACGAUAAGAACGGAACCACGGAUCAGGACAAGCUUAUUGAUACCUGUGUCAAAGAAUUCGGGACAGCACUACAAGUAGCAUGUCUCAAAGGUUACACGACUAUUAUUGACCGUCUCCUAAAUCAAGGAGCACGGACGAAUGUCUGCGGAGGGCAAUACGGCUCGGCUCUUCAAGCGGCAUGCUGGAAAGGUAAUGAAGAAAUCGUGCAAAUACUUCUUGGUCACGGAUCUGACAUCAAUAUUCGAGGCGGUAUGUAUGGCGCACCUCUGCAAGCAGCAGCAGCUGGUGGGCAUACCAAUCUGGUACGGCUUAUGCUUGGCGCCGGGGCAAAAUUGAAGCUUCCCGCACAUGGGAAAUUUGGGUCAGCAUUACAAGCCGCGGCUUCCCUUGGAGACCUGGAGAUUGUGCGUUGUCUUCUAGAUCAUGGCGCAGAUGUUGGAGGCAAAGAUGAGCACGGACAAACAUCGCUUCACGCAGCCGCGCAUGGAGGACACGAGGCUGUCGUCAAGCUUCUUCUUGAUCGGGGAGCCAAUGUUAACGACAAAGACCUGCGUGGCUUUGGCGCUCUUCGAUGGGUUUCCAGCCAUGGUUACGAGAACCUAGUGGGGCUUUUCUUCUCUAAAGGUGCCCAAAGAGACUUGAGAGAUGAUUGGUUUGGAUGGACAGCAAUGCACUGUGCAGCUCAUAACGGACAUCUGAGCGUCCUAAAGAGGCUGCUUGAAGAUGAUUUCGAAGUGGCGACUAAGGACAACAAUGGGAAGACUCCAUUAUUCCUAGCUGCAGAAAACGGUAAACAUUUGGCGGUCCGCCUUCUUUCAAAUCAUGGAGCCGCAGUAGAUGAGACAGACAGUUUUGGCCGCACAGCACUUCACAUGGCUGCGCGGGGUGGACACAAAUCAACCAUCCGAGUGCUUUUACAAAACGGAGCUGAAAUGGAGGCGAGGGACCGCGACAACAAUCAGACGCCGUUGCAUUUUGCUGCUGAUUACAAUCAGUACGAGGCAGCCUACCUUCUGUGGAUCAAUGGAGCAGACCUCAAUGCAAGGACGGCGGAGGGAGAUACACCAUUACUCAUCGCAGCAAGAAAUAACGCUACUUCUGUUUUGUCACUGCUCGUCAUCAAAGGUGCUGACAUUCAUGUCCAAGACAUGGCAGGCCGUUCCGCAUUGCACAUCGCCGCGAUCAGAAGGAACAAAGAGGCAGUGCAGAUAUUGCUCGAUAACGGAGCGACUGUUUACGAUCGAGAUGAGGCUGGAUGCACAGCAUUGUACUUAGCAGUGCAAGAUGUUCGUGGUUUGCCAGAGCGCCUUCCCAUUGAAGGGGUUAUGCUGGUCUUGCUUGGCGGCAGAUCAGAUGUCAACGAUCGAAACAAACGAGGACGUACUCCACUACACGCGGCAGUCAUGGCAGGCGAAAAGAAAUCGGUCCAGAUCUUGCUCGAUAGAGGAGCUGAUGUCUCUGCGCAAGAUGAAGACGGAAACACAGCAUUGCAUCUCGCUUUUUCACUUGACCAUACACAUCUCAAUGAACUCCUUGUAGCUCGCGGUGCGGUUCCAGACAUCUUGAACAAACAUGGAGAACCUGCUGCUGCCAUUGCUCGGCAAGAUCUUUCUUGGUAUUCAGACUAA